CGUGUGGAGCCUGGGCGUGCUCCUAUACACCAUGGUGAAAGGGUGGCUGCCCUUUGAAGGGGACAGCUUUGCAUACUUGAAGGCAGCCAUCCUGGCUGGCUCUUACCUAAUCCCCUCCUCUAUAAGCAGGGAACUGGAGCAGCUGCUGGACUGGCUGAUGACCUGUGACCCUGCUGAGAGGCCCACAGUGGCAGAUGCUAUGGGCCACAAGUGGCUCAGCAUGGAGCAGAAAGGGCCCAAACUGAGUGAAGAUACAGCCAAACAGACUCAGAGUUCAACCGAGGACGAGGACCUCAGUGAAAGUGUGGAGAGCCUGAGCUCUCAGGAGGGCGUCAGAGAACAGGACGGCCCCCUGUGGGGAAAAGCCCAGCUACAGACUCACCUCAGAGGAGGAGAAAGCGAAAUUUACAUGGGGCUCCCAGGUCCUUCGCAUGUUACUGAAGGUCCGAAAUACCUCUCAGGCCUCCUCUUCCAGCUGGGCCGUGAGGAGGAGGAUGGCUGCUUGUCCCCUGCUCUGAGCUGGGGGAAAUCCCAGGAGGGCUUCAGUGGAGCAGCGAGACCUGAGCUCACUGAAGUGGAGCUUCUAGCAUCUCCCCAGGAUGCUGAGGCCCAAAGCUACCUGGUGGAGCUGGGCUUUCAGCUGAGCCGUAAAGUAGUCCCCCUGACACCCAGUCUCCAAGCCAGCACCACGUCCCCAGUGCUGCCCGAAGGUGACCUGUCAUCAGGGCUAAAUGCCUGCCAUGGAGCCCGCAGGAUGGACGGUUCCCCACCUGGCAUGAUGAUGAUCCACACUCCUCACCCAGUCCUCAGGUACAACAGCUCCGUGUCCUCUGCGUCCACUCUCAACACCAGCAGCAGUGAGGCCGGCAGGUCAGGUGGUCCCCACCCUGUCAUAAGGAGGAGGACCUACAUUCUUGGGCCAGUUCUCAGCCACAACAGCUCCUUGUCCUCAAUAGCCACUAUCAGCAUCACCAGCAGUGAGGCUGAGAGGACAGAUGGCCCCCAACCUGGGAUAAGGAGGAAGACCUACAUUCCCUGGCCAGGCCUCGGGUACAACAGCCCCGUGUCCUCCAUAUCCACUCUCAGCUCCAGCAGCAGUGAGGACCACUUAGGAGACAGGAGCUGUUCCCAGGGAGUGACAGAGAAUGAGAGCCUCCCAGAAAACCAACAGGACGAGGAGGCAGGGACCUCACCUGCUAAAGCUGCCAAGAGCAAGGGCCGCUGGGGGGUCUGCAGGAGGAUGGUGAACUGCCUUCUGCGGGUGUGUUGUAUCCUGCCAGACCCAGAGGAAGACCUCUGAAUUCAGAGGAGAAAGGUGGCCCCAUAGCUUCAUUCACUGGAAAUGCUCAAGAGGAAAUUAUGAUCCCUGCCUGGGAGGAGGGAUUGUGGGGAGGCAGUAAUAAAUAACAGGCAGGGAGUGAAGACAAUGGGUCUCAUAGGAGGAACUAGGAUCAGGCAUCAGACCAGACCACACCACCAGGUCCUGUGUCUCAUGUGCAAGCAGCUGAUCAGGUGAGCAUAACCUCACUUCAGUGUCAGGUCAGUGACAUUUCUCGGUUGUCACAUGGUUCAAGUAGUCAGCAGAAUAGCAUUUUUAUUGGUUAGCAUCCAUGACCAUUUGCUAGGCACCAGAAAAACAGACACCUGACAUUGAAACGCUGUAGUGAAUGUAUCCAUUUAUAAGGACUUACUAUAGAAGCUCCUUUAGAAGAGGCAUAACAUACUGGGGCACAGUGCCAGCCUCAGGGGCUUUCUCUAUCUGGAUUCUGAGGACAGCCACACUGUGUGCAUUCAGCAGAACUUACAGAACUGCAUGCAUAAACAUCUCCUUGAUUCCAUAAAAAGUAGAAAAAAGGAACAAAGAGACCAGGCCCUGGGACUUCCAAGAGCUAUACAAACCUUGCCUUCACAUCUAUGAGGUGUGUGGUACUGCGCAAGUACCUCAUAUUCUGAGCCCUGGUUACCACUAAAAAGUUGGGGAGGAGGCUCUGAAAAGUCCUUGUGACACAGUGAGGUCUGGAGUUUCUGGGAUGACAAAUCCAGCCAUGUGCUUGCUCAGGGAAACCCAGGUACAUGUGGCAGAUAAGCCUUCCUUCUAGCAUGAAUGUAUUGGACUCUCAGGUUAUACUCAAAUAGUCCCCCAUCCUGUUUUGGGAUGUGUGCAGGGGCCACUGACUGCUUGGGGGAUGACUGGCAGCUGCUGGCCCCAGUGGCCCACUUCGGUAUGUGACGUCUGGGGUCACUAUCAAGUCCAGCCUAGUAUUGGCAGCUAUAGUCAAAUUGAGUAACUUUGGUCUGCAUUGAUAGAUAUUGGAGUGGGGGAUUCUUUUACCUUUUAAAUUAUGCUAAUAAUACAAAACACAAAUGUUACUAUUUUAACCCUUUUUAAGUAUACGGUAGUGGCAUGAAGAGCAUUCACAGGGUUGUGUGCACAUCACCACCACUCCUCUCCUCCACAUGAAACACUCCCCUCCCCCCUCCCCAGCCCGGCACCCCCAGGUCUACUCCUGUCUUAAUGAAUGGGACAACUCUGUCUCAAGUAUUAUGCAGUAUUUGCUCUUUGAGAGCCAGAGAGACGGGCAGAGCUCCCGUCAGCUGGUUCACUCCUUGCAGGCCUGUAAUGGCAAGUACUGGACUGGGCUGAAGCCAGGAGCUGGGAACUCAAUUCAGGCCUCUCAUGUGCAUGAAAUGAACCCAAUCACAUGAGCCAUCAGCUGCUUCCUCCCUGUCUGCAACAGCAGAAAGUUGGAGUCAGGAGCCAGAGCUGAGAGUGAAACCCAGUAACUCUGACAUGGUACGCAGGCAUCUUAACUGCCUGCCCUUGGUGUUUGUCUUUCUGUGCCUGGCUUGUAUUAUCCAGUCCUCAGGAUUCAUGCCUGCAGUAGCAAGUGUCAGAAUAUCCUUCCUUUGGAAGGCUGAAUAAUACUCCAUGGUUCACUUGGACCACAUUGUUUUCCCACACUCAUUUUCUUUUGAUGGCCCCAUGGGUUGUUUGCAGAUAGGGGUAAUGUGAAUAAUGCUACUAUGAACAUGGGUACAAAUUACUCCUUGAGACCCUGUCUUCAAUUCUUCUAUUAUGUAUGUACUUAUGUAUUUGAAAGACACAGUGACUGAAAGAGCUCUGCCUCACUCCCCAGAUGGCCACUACAGUGAAGGCAGGCCAGGCUAAAGCCAGGAGCCCUGCACUCCAUCUAGGUCUCCCACAUAGUUGACAGAGGCCCAAGAACUGGAGCCAUAAUCUGUUGCCUUCCCAUGAGUAUUAGCAGGAAGCUGAAUUGAAAACAAAUUAACCAAGACUGGAACCAGACACUCCAGUAUGGGAUGUGGACCUCCCAAGUGGCAGUUUCAUUGGCUGCACCACAACACCCACCCCUGUUUCCAAUUCUUGGAGUCAUAUACCUAGAUAAAUAUACACCUAGAUGUAUAUAUACCUAGAUGGCUACUUGACAAUUCAAUGUUUAAAAAUUUGGGUGGCAGUUCUAUUUUGUGGUGUAGCAGGUUAAGCCACCACUUGGAACACCCACACUCCAUAUUGCAGUCAGUUCAUGUUCCAGCUGCUCUACUUCCAAUCCAGCUCCCUGCUAAUGCUUCUGGGAAAGACAUGAAGGUUGGCUCAAGUACUUGGGCCCCUGCCACCUACAUGGGAAACCCAGAAGAAGUUCCUGCCUCUGGCCUGGCCCAGCUUGUCUGUUCUGGUCAUUUGGGAGGUGAAGCAGUAGAUGGAGGAGUCUCUCUCUGUCUCUCUCCUCCCACUCCCUGCCACAGACUUUGCCUUUCAAAUCAAUAAAUUUUUUUGGUUAUAAGGAAAUAGCUUUAUAUUUAUUUUAAUUUUAAAAGAUAUUUAUUAAUUUGAAAGGCAAAUUUACAGAGGCAGAAGCAGAGAGUGAAAGACAGAGAGAGCGAGAGAGAGAGGGAGGUAUCUCCAUCUUCUGCUUCACUCCCCAAAUGCUCACAACAGCCAUGGCUGGGCCAGGCUGAAGCCCAGAACCUGGAGCUCCACCCUGGUCUCCUAAGGGAGUGGAAAGAACUCAAGUAUUUGAGCCAUCACCUGCUGCCUGCCAAGGUGAACAUGAACAGAAAGAUGGAAUGGGACCUUAACUUAGUCUAGAGUCCAGGAAAAGCAAGCUCUUCAGCUGGAGACCAGGACAGAGGGAGGUGCUGCCUCUCCUAUUCCCUUCCCCCAGCUGUUUAUGCUGCUGGCCACUCCCCACCUAUGCCCAUGCAUGUGUGUUCUUUCACCUUUUUAAUAAACUUCAUCAUUCUGGACAGUGUAUAUGUGCCUGUACUUGGAAUGUCUCCAUAAGCAGAAGGCACAGACCUGGAAUACACAUUCAGCCACCCCACUUACUUCACUUCUUAUGGGUGAGCCAGCCAGGUGUCUGAGAAAGCCCAACAGUGAACCAAAAAAGCAACAGUGGUAAGUGGAAUUCAAUUUGUUUCUGUCUCAGCUGUGCUGAGCUUUUACCUCCUUGUGAAAAUUCAAAAGUGUCUCCCUCAGUCUCACUGCUCUUGAUCUCAGGCAGAUCUGUUAAGAUGCAGUUGUGGGGACCUUGUUCCUAAGUUUCAGCUAUAGGGGAGGAAAGGCGACAAUGAGAUGUCUUCAUAAGGAAGAUCUGGACAGAGGAAUGGGAAGAGAGUUGGACAGUUUGUGGCCUUGUGCCCAAAAUCUUUGUUUCUAGUUUGUAGUGUGUUUUUUAAAUUCAUUCUUGCUGUUGAAAAACCUGGAACUUGGAAUUUAGUUUCUACUGGAUGCAAUACACCUGGCUAAAAAGUUCUGUCUUGAGAUUUUGAAUCGUGGUAUUUUCCUUAUUAAGAUGGGCAGGUGGGCCAAGUACUCGCCUUUUGCUAGCAAACUUCUCUUCAUCUGACUGGAGUGGUCCUAAAAACAGGUGUGCAGGGUAUAUGUGCCACACCCCCUGUCAGCAGGUGGUACUUCCUAACAUGGCAGGAGUUCCUCAACAGGAGCCAAGGGAGGGACUUUGCCCAACCAUGAAAGCCUCAAGUGUGACUUCAGCUUUUCAGUGGAUAAUGGAAAUGGACCCCACCUGACCAUGGUGGACCCCAAAGCUAGUGCAAGCCAUGUACCUAGUCAGCAGCACUACCAUUUAUCUUAGCUUUAUCCUGGUUUCUGCUGCCCUGGAAUACACACCCAGGUAUGGAUUUCAAUGCUACCUGAGGUCACAAGCUCUAGAUAUGCUGGUCCUAGCCCCAGAGAAUGUUCAGGACACAGAAGCUUCAGGGCUUACAACCUUCUAGCAGCUGGUCUUCAGGCAUAGGCUGUGUUAUUUUUACAACCCAGGAGCUUUUCCUCCUGGUGUGAGGAACAGUGCCCCACUAGAGAUCAUUUCUUGAAGAGAUGACAUCCCAUAAGCUCAUAUUGGAUGCUGGGAAAAUGCCACAAUUAUAUGUGCAUUUGCUCCUGAGUUGUUGGCACCUUUGCAAAAGCAGAAGCACUCUUCAACUGGCCAGAUUAUGUAAGGCAUGUUCAUUAAGACAUUUUAAUAGGGGCAUUGGGUAAUGAAGAUGCCCUUACAUAUAGAUCAACCCACAGGUAGCCCUGGAGGCAGGUUGCUUAAAGCCGAGGACCUCAAAUUGGGGUAUAAAACCUUUGUAAUGUAUCCAAUACAAUUAAUACAAGGGAGCUGAAUCACAUGUAUAAGCAUAACAGGGUUUGUGGAGAGCCAUAUCACUUUUGUCUUGUCAGGUUCUACCAAAACUUCAGCUGUAUAUGACUCCUCAUUCAUCCCUGUGGACUGACUCCUAAGGGUACAGUUUAAAAAACUCUAGAAAAUUGAGAUACCGAGUGGUUUACUGACAGCAGUAGUUGCACAAAGUAUGGAGUUUAAGAGGCAGGUUAUGCCAUGGUGGGUCUUACUCAGGUGAUAGAAUCUCAGACAUUGCCAACUAGCACUUGAUUGCAAAAGGCCAAACUUACUGCUUUAACUAGAACCUUGCAAUGGGGAAGAGCUAAUGAGUUAUUAUGUCCAGACUCCAGUUUGUUUUCCUUGAGUUCCAUGCACAUGGAGCAAUUUGGAAAGGAAGAGCCCUCCCAACUUCAAAGAGCUCUCCCAUUAAAUAAGGAGAAGAGAUGUUAGCUCUCCUUCAGGAGCACUGGAGUCUUUAGAAAGUGGUUGUCAUUCACUGCAGGGGAUACAAGAAGACAGCCAUGCUAUUCAGGGAAAUGUGCUAGCAGAUAAGGCAGCAAAAGUUGCUGCUGCAGGGCAGGUUCUAGAAAUAGCUUUGCUACCUGAGCUUUUUGGUCACUAAGUAUCUUCACUACACAAACCCUGUCAUAGAAUGUUCUCCUCAACCAGGCAACAUGAAGGACGCCAGUGGAGGUGGGCGUUCAGUCAUAAGGCCAUGUGCUGAAUGGGGGGUUAUCAACAUAUGACUCUCACUAUUUGGAAGAGAAGGUUUAAUGCCAGGAGUUCCUUGGGUAUUUGGAGGGUAAAGGCUGCAUACUGUCAUAAAGAAAGUACAUCAGCAUGUGGUGACUGCUUUAGGUUUUUCUUAUCUCCAUACCCCUUGGAGACCUUAGUCAUCAAAGUCAAAAAGCUAAUCAUAUUCUUAAGAAAGUCCUGGUGAAGCUUUGCCAAGAGACCUCAGAAAGAUGGCUUAAAUUCUUACCUAUUGCCCUCAGGAUGAAAGUGGCACCUAAGGCUGCUUUAAAACUGCCUGUCUAAAAUGCUAUGUAAAAGGUCUUCUUCACCUCUGAUACCCUCUUUCACUCAGGGAUACAGAUCAGGUAAGAGUUUAUUAUUAAUCUUUUUCCUAUACAAGAGGCUAAUGGACUGUGGUAAUAAAUUCUCACAGUGCCAGGUCCCAAAAUCAUGAACAGCCUGUGCCCAGGAGACCAAGUCUUAAGAGACAUUUGGAGCAAAGACUCUUCCUCUGAUCAAUUGCAGCCUAGGUGAAAGGGAUCCUACCAGGUGCUACUCAGCACUCCUACUGAAGUCAAAUUCAGGGCAACCCAAGCUGGGUACAUUUGUCAAGGAUCUCAGUUCUACCUCUUUAGUCUUCACAGGGGCACACAGAGAACAAGUCUGCUCACUCUUGUGAAUGCAUCCAAGAUCUCGAAUACAUCUUCAAGGGGCAAAAGGAAUUUGACAGCUUCUCAAAAUGAUGAUGACCAUGCAAGGGCAACAGCGAUUGGCCGUGACAAUGAAAAUUCCCCAGCUUAUGAGAUGGAUCGAUUAGAUGAGCUAAGAAGAGGUUUCCGAACCCUGGAUAGGUAGGGACAACGCCCCUGGCCAGCAGGAAGUAGCUACAGAAGACGGAUCAUCAUCCUUCAGCACCCCCUUAAGAUUAAGGGUCGGAAAUCUCUGCGGGGGGAUGAGAUGGGAUAAGGCAGGUAGCUAGGUUAGGGCCGCAGAGCUGGAAGUCCCAAGUCACAAGCGCUCGCCCCCAUGUAAUUCUAUCCUACUUGUCCAAUAAACUGCCCCUUACUGGGGCGUGUUUCCUUCUGGGUGGGGCAUGUGCCAUGUGAAUUUCCACCACACUUCUACCUCAAAAGCAGCCCACACUGGAAGAAGUGUGUCCUCCUCUUGGGAGACGGAUGCUGAGGUGCUGUCUCUCCACUUCUCCUCUUAACUCCAUUUUCCCCGGCCCACUCCCCACCCAUGCUCAUGUUUCCUUUAUCAUCCCUUAAAUAAAUGUUAUCAUUUUGU